AUGGGGGCAGCUGAAGAGGCCGCUCAAAAUCCUGUGAAGAAGGAAUUAGUUGCUGAUGCAGAAAAUCCUGUUAGUGAUGAUGAUGCAAAGACUCCAGGAGGUGGAGAAACUCCUACAAUAAAGGGCAUAGAUGGUCUUGAAGAAACAACUGUCAAAGAAAUAAAACCUUGUCUUCCAAAUGAAGCUAGUGAGAUGUUGAAAUCAUUGGCAAGUAAAUGGGAGAAUGUAAUUGAUGCCGAUGCAUUGCAAGUAAUCCCUCUGAAAGGGGCAAUGACCAAUGAGGUUUUCCAGAUAAAAUGGAAGACAACGGAAGGAGAAUCCUCGAGAAAAGUUGUGGUAAGAAUCUAUGGUGAGGGCACUGGUAUUUUCUUUGAUAGGGAUGUUGAGGUCAAAACAUUUGAAUUCAUGUCAAAGAGUGGACAAGGGCCUCUUUUGCUAGGAAGGUUUGGUAAUGGUCGCAUUGAAGAAUUUAUCCAUGCAAGGACAUUAACAGCAUCUGAUAUACGAGAUCCAUCUACUUCUGCUCUUAUAGCAGCCAAAAUGAAGGAGUUUCAUGACAUUGAUAUGCCUGGUCCAAAGACUGUGAACCUCUGGAAUAGGUUAAGAGAUUGGAUCAGUGAAGCCAAACGCUUGUGUUCUCCUGAAGAUAUUGAAGAAUUUCAUUUCGACACUUUUGAAAAGGAUUUAUCAACUCUGGAAAGUGAAUUAUCAAGCACUGAACAACGCAUAGGAUUUUGCCACAACGAUUUGCAAUAUGGCAACAUAAUGCUUGACGAAGAGACCAAUUCUGUCACCAUAAUAGAUUAUGAAUAUGCAAGUUACAAUCCUGUGGCAUAUGAUAUUGCAAAUCACUUCAAUGAGAUGGCUGCCAACUAUCACACAGAUACCCCACAUGUUCUUGACUUCACCAAAUAUCCUGAUGAGGAACCAAGUGACCCUGAAGUGGAGCAAUUGCUUGAGGAAGUUGAGAAGUAUGCGCUUGCAAAUCAUAUAUCGUGGGGCGUUUGGGGAUUAAUUUCGACACAUGGCAUGAAGAAACUUCAAUUUGAUAAUUUGCUUGAGUAG